AAUAAAUAAAACUUUAAUAUUAUUUAAAUUAAUUUUUAUCAUUUUAAUUAUACUUAUCAUUUUAAUUAUACUUAUAAAUCUUUCUAAAAUUUAUAUGUUCAAUUUUUGUCUCUUUCUCUCUUUAUCUUAUAGCAUAACGGGAUUUUUUCAACGUGAUUGCUGUCACGGUACAGCUAUAAGAUACGUAAGUAGAGAUUUAAGUUUGUUUUUUCUAUAAUUUAAGAAUUACUCAUCGAAUUAUACGAAAUUUUGGGUGAAAUUAGAUUUUAUGUAUGUAAUAUGAAUAAAUAUAAAAAUACAGAUAUGCAAUGAAAACAAUAUCAUAUAGAAAGUGGCGGGAGAUUAUAAGUAAAUAGCAGAUCAGCUGAUGAGUGACAACAGACAAACGAAAGCUUAUUGUUCUUGGUCUUGGUUAUGGCGACAAGCAGUUCUGAUGGGUCCUGUACAGCACCUGCAGAUUUUCAGCUUUCGUCAGAAUUGGAAGACGUUUCGAAUCGUUUAAGCGUGAAUCUAUUGAAGUGCCCACUGUGCCAUAAUAGUCGUCGAAUUUUUUAUUGUCGUCAGUGUAUUCAAAAUGGAGAUUUUAUUCAUUCAACUUCUGUUUAUUCUGAACGAUUUGCAGAUAAACAAUUGCGACUUUUACGGUUGAAAGCUGCCAGAGCUCAAUUAGAAGAAAAAUGUGUAAAAGCUCUUGAAAAAUAUAAACAAAGGGAUAAAUUGAUAUGUGAUAUAAAUACUUGUAAAGAGAGAGUUAGACUACUUCAAUCAUUAGUAAAUGAAACAAGGCAAAGUAUAAACAGAGGUAAUCAACGUUUAAAUGUUCUGAAAGAUGUAAACUCUCAAUUAGCUCUUAGAUUACCUAGACAUGAAGAACGAAUUGAAAAAUUACAUCGAUAUGUAACUGGUUUAAGAGCAAAACAAGAAAAACAAAAGGAAGCAGUAGAUAGGAAAAGACAACAGUUGAAAAAAGUCAUUAGAACUGCUGCAAAACAAUUGAUUCAAUAUAUUUUUCCAUUAUCCAAAGUGCAACCUAAUAGAAGUUUAUGUAGUAGUGAGGAAGAUACUAGUUCAGAUGUAACUUGUGCACUGGCAGAUGCAUCUGGAACAUCAUAUGUUAGAGGUAGAUGGAUUAAUGAUACAGAAAAUGCUUUAGAAGUUCAGCACCGUAUAAUUGCACCAACUUUACCAGGAAGUGGAGAUUAUAGUGCUUAUUCUUUAUGGGUGGCAGCAAACAAAGAUGGAGUUCCAGGUGCAAAUAAAGAGACUGCAAUGCACAAUCCAGCAUACAAUAUCAGUGCUGCUUUAACAUAUGCAACACAGUUGGUUAAUAUUAUUGCUUAUUACGUUAAUGUAAGAUUACCAUAUAAGCUUGCUUAUGGAGAAUUUUGUGGAAAUGAAAUGUCAGAUCAAAAAUUUGCCAAAAAGGUAGCAAGGCUUAAUAGUAAUGUAUUACAUUUAUGUUUUACACAAAAUACUAAAAUUGCAGUUCUACAUCCAAUGCAUACUUUACAAAACUUAAUGCACUUGCUCAAUACAGAAAUUAGUGAUCUUGGAAGAAUUGGUCCAAUGGAAGUAGAUUCAAAUAUUGUAGCAAAAUUGCACAGUCAAUUAGUUCCCGAUUUAGAAAAUAGUGAUGAUUCUGCUUCUGAUGAAGAAGAAGAUACUUUUAAUUGGGAUUGGGAGGCUGUUCCAAAUGUUGCUUGUCCUGAAAUGGUAGUUCCCAUCCCUGGUGCAAUGAUUAGUCAACAAUCAUCUAGUAUGCAAGUGAAUCAAAGUGUUGCUGGAGGUUUAGUUACGAGUGCAGCAGCUAGUAUAGCUUCUAUUUGGCGUGGUUGGACGACAAAUAAAUAGACUGUUCUAUUUAAAUAACAAAUCUCUUUUUAUACAAAUCGUAUUUACAUAUGUGAAAACAUAUGUAAGAAAAGACAAGACAAGAAAUUAAUAAUUCUUUGUAAAAUGUGAAACACUAAGUUGAGGAGUGAAUGUUUAAAAAUAUAAUAUACUGUAAAUAUGAAUUUAUUACUUACUAUAUAUAAUACAUGAAAUAGUUUAAUUCCGUGAUAACAAAUUUUGUAAGAUUUGACGAUUUAGUUUAUUUUAAACUAUUUAUGCAAUACAUACUGAUUUGUGCUAUUACUUGUAAUAUAAUUCCAAAUAUUUUUAGGACGCUCAUAAUAGAUCGUAAUUCUAUGGUACAAAUUUUGUAAGUGUACAAACAAAUGUUUGAAUACACAUACACACAUACAAACAAACGCAAACAUUUUCAAAUAAUAAUUGUUUAAUACGAUUCAUUAUUAAGAUGUGAGUUUAAAACGACUGCCUUUUUUAUACUCACUGCACUUCGUGUAAUUAUGUAUUUGUUAACAUAUACAUAAAAUACUUCCUCGCAUUAAUAGUGUCAUUAUUAUCAUUAUAUUAUCUAUGUAUUUUUAAGUUAUCAAACAAUUCUAAUAUAACAUUUUAAGGUAAAUAAUAUUUUGGUUUACUAUAAAAUAUAUACAAUUAGAUAAAUCAAAAAAUUUGUUAUUAAAACUAUGUUUAAAACUAUUUAAAUAUGUUUUUUAAACGGUAUAAUGUUUCUGAUAAAAAAUCAUAUCUUAAAAAUGUUAUCAUUUUUGUAUAAAUAUGAUUAUACCAUAUUUCAUAUAUAUUUUUGAUUAUAUGUCAAAGAAUAUAUCUUGUUAAACACUUCAUAUCUGACAAUAUAUAAUAUGAAUGUAAAAAAGGUUGUAUUGGAUUAAUGACUUUUAAUUUAAGUUAAAAUUAAGAAUAACAUAUAUAACAUUAAAACAAAUUUUGUAUUUGAUGUGUUGUUAAAGUAUAUUAUGUAAAUCUAGCAAAAAAUAAAAAAAAAUAUAACUUGUAA